AUGCGAACUUCACGUCUGCUUCAACUACGCGGUGUACUCCAUACGCGUUCUUCAUGUCGAGGAAACAGUGUUCUCAGCCAAGAACCAUCGGGACCGAAAAUGCAAACGCAAAUUCCCGGUCCCAAAUCCAAGCAGUUCAUGCACGAUUUAGAAAAGACACAAAAUGCAUUGAGUACAAUAUUUGUUCUUGAUGUCGAGAAAUCCAUUGGAAAUUAUGCAGUUGAUAUCGACGGGAAUAUCAUGUUAGAUGUUUAUGAACAAAUCGCUUCGUUAGCUUUAGGAUACAACCAUCCAGCAAUUCAAAAAGUGUUUCAAAAUCCAGCAAACUUAAGUCAACUAGUCAAUCGACCGGCACUUGGUGUUCAUCCAACACCUCAAUUUAUCAAGCAGAUCAACGAAACGCUCCUUCCGAUUGCUCCUAAAGGUCUCGAACAUGUUCAGCCCAUGAUGUGCGGUUCGUGUUCAAAUGAAAAUGCCUUCAAAGCAAUGUGUAUUUGGCAUGCAAAUAAGCAUCGCGAUGGCAAAGCAUUCAGUGAAGAAGAAUUGAAAUCAUCGAUGCACAACAAAUCGCCGGGUUGUCCAACUGUUUCGAUCAUGUCCUUCGAAGGUGGCUUUCAUGGCCGAACAUUCGGUGCAUUAGCAUGCACACAUUCGAAACCGAUUCAUAAAUUGGAUAUUCCAAGUUUCGAUUGGCCAGCGGCACCUUUUCCAAGAUACAAAUAUCCAUUGGAAGAAAACCAACGAGAGAAUGCGAAAGAAGACGAAAGAUGUUUAGCUCGUGUUGAGGAGCUAUUUCAUGCGUACAAGUCGAAGAAUAAUCCUGUUGUUGGGGUUGUUGUGGAACCAAUCCAAAGCGAGGGUGGAGACUUUCACGGAAGUCCAGCGUUUUUUCAACGUCUACAAAAAAUUACCAAACAAAACGAUGCAGCACUGCUUAUCGAUGAAGUACAAACAGGUCUUGGUGCAACAGGUAAAUUCUGGGCACAUGAACAUUUCAACCUACCUGAGUCGCCCGAUAUUGUUACCUUCUCGAAAAAAUUCCAAACCGGUGGUUAUUUCGCUAAAGCUGAAUAUCAACCGAAACAGCCUUAUCGUAUAUUUAAUACCUGGAUGGGUGAACCAGCAAAAAUGUUGGUUCUCGAUGCUGUUCUAAAAACUGUCAAACAAGAAAAUUUAAUCGAAAGUACACGAAAAACAGGUGAUGUUCUUUUGGCUGGAUUGAAAGAUUUAAGUAAGAGAUACCCGCAAUUAAUUCUCAAUACUCGUGGUCGCGGAACGUUUUGUGCAUUCGAUAUGACAAAUGCAUCGGUUCGAGAUAAAUAUCUUGUUCAAAUGAGAAAUGCUGGUAUUCAAAUGGGAGCAUGCGGAGAUAUCGCUGUACGUUUUCGUCCUGCAUUAGUUUUCACGGAAAAACACGCAAAUAUUGUCCUUGAUAAAAUGAAUGAAGUAGCAAAGAGUUUUUAA